CCUUUGCUGUUAUUAUUUCUUCUUUUUUUUUUCCUCUAUUUUUUUUUUCAAAUUAAUAAUGAUUUUUAUGGAUCGUGGCUUCUUGGGCACACAAACUGCACAAGUCGACCGUUUCUUAAGUGCUCUCGUGAGCAGUAUAUUGGCAGUAAAAAACUUUGCUUGAGAAUGGUUUUGUGAAUUUCUUUCUGAAUCAAAAUUACAGAGAGAGAGAGAGAGAGAGAGAGAGAGAGAGAGAAGCAAAGAAGAAGAAGAAGAAGAAGCAUGUUUCACUCACAGUGUCUUCUAUCAGGGAAAGGACCUCUAGGCGCCAUUUGGGUCGCUGCUUAUUUUUCCAAGAAGCUCAAGAAAGCUCAGGUCACUCAGACUGACAUUUCCUCCUCUAUCGAUAAGAUUUUGCAAGAUGCAUUACAUUUCGUCACAUAUAGAGUCUUGGGCUACCUGCUUCUUGGUGUUGUCCGAAUAUACUCCAAAAAAGUUGAGUAUCUUUUCGAUGACUGUCAUAAGGUGCUGAUUCGAAUAAAUGACUUUGUGGUUGGUACGAAAGAAAAUGCAAAUACAGAGACCUUACGUGCGCCUUAUUUUUCUAUUACUCUACCAGAAAGAUUUGAACUUGAUGCUUUUGAUCUGGAGAUCCUUGAAGACACUAGCAUAGGCAAUGUGGUGCCCCGUGAAGAGAUAACACUUAAAGAUGGUACAUCAGAAAAUCUUGUAGUUGGGCAAUACGCUUUAGACAUGUAUUGUUGUGACAAAAUUGCUACUUCUCAGAGUACUUGCUCUGCUAGCUACAAUCUGGUGGAAGAAAUUCUUUCGUCUUGCCUGAUGAACAUUAAUAUGGACUUAGGAACAUCACAUAAUCUUAAUCGCUCAAAGACGAGCAUGGAGAAGCUUCAAGAAAUUAGGUUCUCUGAGGAAGAAUGUAUGGAUCUUGAGAUGUUUUAUGGAAUUGAAGAACCUCAUAAUCCAGUUAAUCCAAAUGCUGAAGAUAAAACUGAUAAAGAGAAGAUAAAGGACCCAAAAAUAUCUGCAUCUGAGGAUGGAAUGCAUGGAGAAGCAAGCAUAGAAAAGUUUCGAGACAGUAGUUUCAAUCAAGAAAGGUUUGGGGGAGAACCUCCUUAUCAUAUUGAACCCUAUAGUCAAGAUCCCAAAAUUGGUCAAGAGCAGAUGAAGGUCUCAGAAUUUGCACCACUGGGCAAUGAAAUGUACCAGAUUGUUAGAGGGGACCAUAAUUCAAACAAUUCACUGGCUGAAGUGGAGAAGCUUCAAGAUUAUACACAUGCUUCUGAGGAGUGCAUGGGCCAUGCUAUGUUUUCUGGUACCGAGGAACCUCAAGAACUAGUUAGACUUGGACCAUUUGAUGAAGAGAAUCAUGAUGAUGGAGAACAAAUGUUCCUUGAAAUGGCAAAUAGAGAAUGUCAGACAAUAAUGGAAGACCGUCCAUUGUCCAUUGCACUUGAUGGGACGCCUAAAUCUAAAGUUCCAGAUUCUUUAGAUGCUACCACACCGCAAUUCAUGGUUAUUCCUACACCAACUACCAAAGAGCGUGCUCGAGUUUCUAGGAAAAGGAAAUGUGUCAUUGAUGAUAUUAUAGUGCUCCCUAAUGAGGUAGUUAGGAAAAGCAUACAUGAUGCCAGCGACUUGGUUUCUAAACGAAGGAAGGUUCCUCAUACUCCACUUGCUGCCUGGAAAGCUUGUGGAAAUAGAAAUAUCUCCCGUUGUUUCUUGGGGCCUUUAGUGCCUUGUAAGUUUGCUAUCGCUAAUGACUUUGUUCUUUGGUUUUUAUUUCUUCUGCAAUCUUUACUAACCAUACUUUCAGUAGUUGUUUCCUUGGAGAUUAGAUCCCUCUUCUGUGAAAAGAAACUAAAGGUUAUAGAAUCUGCUCAAACUGUGGGUCCUCCAGAAAAGUUAGACAUUCCAGAGUCUCUAAAUGUUGGUGGAUCUGAGCAAAUAUCAAUUGCUCCAGAAACACCUGUUCAGCACUCCACAUCAAUGAGAACAUUUAAGAGCCCAGGAAGCCCUGAAGCUCUUGAAUUUGAUGGAGAAAGACAUGCGGCAUUUGAAAUUGUGGAGAAAGAGCAAUCUCUUUGCAGGGAUCCACAAUUUGAUCUUAAUCUAUAUGAGGAGAUAGAUUCAUGUUUAGAAGAUAACCCGGAAAUGCAUGGAUGUUCAGGGAGAACCAGAAUUGUGGCAAGGUAUUUGCAUAGAAGUUUUCUAAACCAAAAGAAACAAAGAGAGAAGGAGGUGGUGAACUUGUUGCCAACUGUGGAAGGAAGAAACAAGAAAGAAAGUGCAAGAUUAUUCUAUGAGAUACUGGUUUUGAAAACAGAAGGGUAUGUGGACGUGAAGCAAGAUGAUAGUUAUGGUGACAUUUUGGUCUGGAAACUUCCCAGAUGGGACCAAAUUUGUGGAGAUGAUGAUCAAUAGAAGCAGUGCACAAUGUUAGGAAACUAACACAUAUGUUAGGAGAGUUUCUCUCUUUUCUUUUUCUUUUCAGAUCUAGUUUGAGGUGUAGUCUCCUUGUACAUGAAGUUUUACUUUUAGGUUCGCUUGUAAACAAGUUUAGUCGUUCUUUGUACAUAAAUUUUGCUCUAAAGUUUACUAAUAACUGAAUAUCUUUCUAUUAAAAGAGAAAGGCUUAAUGAUCUUUCAUUGGAUCGAAAUUUUA